AAAAAAGAACAAUUGCAAGAAAUGAAAUAAAGUGAAAAACGUUUGCAGAAAUGCGCCUGCGCAAGAACUGCGCGUCAAGAGUUGCUUUGUUUUUUCCCUCUCAGGAAUUUUGUUUGACUGCUAGUGCUACUGAGUGAGUCCUGUGCGCAUGGGGCAUAGUAGUAGCCGGUUAUGGCGGUAGUGUAUAGAUCUUCAUGAGGCGGGGAAGAAGCACCUUAAGCCGAAAAGACCCACCAGAGUCUGAAGCUAUGGCAGGCGUCUUUGAUAUUGACUUGGAUCAGCCAGAGGAAAAUGUCUCCGAUGAUGAGCUUGAGGAUGGGACUCACCUUAGUGAGUGUAUGGAGCAGUCUAGCAGCUUUGAAUUUGACAUGGAUGACUGUGAAAAAUUUGAAAUCUCUGAGGACAGCGUCAACAAAGGCACAGAGCAGAUUCGUCCCGAGUGUUUUGAGCUGCUGCGUGUGUUAGGAAAAGGGGGCUAUGGAAAGGUUUUUCAAGUCAGAAAGGUGACCGGAGCUGCCUCUGGAAAAAUCUUUGCCAUGAAGGUUCUAAAGAAGGCAAUGAUUGUUCGGAAUGCCAAGGACACGGCUCACACUAAAGCCGAGAGGAACAUCCUGGAGGAGGUGAAGCACCCAUUUAUUGUGGACCUGAUCUACGCCUUCCAGACAGGGGGGAAGCUCUACCUCAUCCUGGAGUACCUCAGCGGUGGUGAGCUCUUUAUGCAGUUGGAGAGAGAGGGCAUCUUCAUGGAGGACACGGCAUGCUUCUACCUGGCGGAGAUCUCUAUGGCACUGGGUCACCUUCAUCAGAAGGGCAUCAUCUACCGUGACCUAAAGCCAGAGAACAUCAUGCUUAAUGACAAAGGUCACGUGAAGCUGACAGACUUUGGGCUUUGCAAAGAGUCCAUCCACGAUGGCACGGUCACCCACACCUUCUGUGGAACUAUCGAGUACAUGGCUCCAGAGAUCCUGAUGCGGAGCGGCCACAACAGGGCAGUGGACUGGUGGAGUCUGGGAGCGCUGAUGUACGACAUGCUGACGGGGGCGCCACCGUUUACUGGUGAAAACCGGAAGAAGACCAUAGACAAGAUUUUGAAGUGCAAACUCAACCUUCCACCUUACCUCACACACGAGGCUAGGGAUCUUCUGAAAAAGCUGCUGAAGAGAAAUGCAUCCCUGCGGUUGGGUGCCGGGCCAGGAGAUGCAUCAGAGGUGCAGGGCCACUCCUUCUUCAGACAAAUUAAUUGGGAUGAUCUUCUCGCUCGCAAAGUUGAACCUCCAUUCAAGCCUUUUCUGCAAUCAGCAGACGACGUCAGUCAGUUUGACUCCAAAUUCACCAGCCAGACCCCAGUGGACAGCCCUGACGACUCCACUCUUAGCGAAAGUGCCAACCAAGUCUUCCUGGGCUUUACGUAUGUGGCCCCAUCCGUGCUUGAGAACAUUAAGGAGAAGUUUUGCUUCGAGCCAAAAGUCCGCUCCCCACGGAAGUUUCUGGAAAGCCCGCGGACACCAGUGAGCCCCAUCAAGUUCGCUGGGGGUGACUGCUGGCCACGAGGCCCCCCUCUGCCGGGUUCUGCCGCCGUUGCCUCCUCCUCGUCGUCGUCGUCCGCCCUGCUGUCCCCCAGCGGCGAGCAGCCCAUGGACGUGUCGGCGGCGGAGCGGAUGGACGUGAGCAGCAGCAGCUCCUCCACCGAGGCGUCCGCCCCUCUGCCCAUCCGGAAGCCCCUGGGCGGCGACGUGGGCUCCUUCCGCAAGCAGGCCUACCCCAUGCUGUCCAAGCGGCCCGAACACUUGCGCAUGAAUCUAUGACACACGGCUCAGCUCGGUGCCUCACUCGGCCUGCUGGACGCUCCUAGCGAGUUGCUCUUCCACCGUUUAUUCCCUUUUGCUUUGGUUGGUGUUUUUUAACCGGAAGAGAAUGAAUGAAAUGACCCAGAAGGCCCCUCGCGUUCCACCGACACCUCCAGCCUCCCUUUUUUGUUUUGUUUUUCAUUUUUGAACCGACCAAUGAGGAGGCUGUGAAGGGAGGCGCUUCACCAGAGGGCGUGUCUUAAACGGUCUCUCUCCCAUCAUGAAUUGCACGACGCAGGAGAUGUGGCUCGCAGAAGAAGAAGAAGAAGCAGAAGAAAAAGUCACAAUUCCAGCAUGCCACAGACUCUGGGUCUCCCUUUUGCCUUUUGCGCUUUGCACAUGCUGGUGAGGUUUGGCGGACGCCGCUGGACAAGACCCCCGGUGUUUUGCGUGCGUGCGUGCGUGCGUGCGUGCGUGCGUGCGUGCGUGCGUGCGUGCGUGCGUGCGUGCGUGCGUGCGUGCGUGCUUCUGAUUACUGGUGCUUUAAAUACCGGGGCACUCCACACUGCCGCUCCGUGGAAGGCUUUGACGCUGGACGAAAUACACGUAAAUAAUUUUGUCAUGAGUCACUUGAAAGUGAGUGGGGCAAUGGGCUUUUUUAGAAAGAAAAAGGGGGAAACUGCUAACACCCCUGCCUUAUUUUGGUUAUGUGGCCUGGGCUAUCAUAUGUAGUUGAUGGAAAACAUAGAUCAAAACCACAUUUCUCUUUUUUUGUUGUUUUUCUCGAGACAUGGACAUUAGUGAGGAAGACAGAAAAGGCUGACGUUUCUGGUAACUUUUGACCUUGUUUCAUGCGGUUUCAUCCAAUUGAUUGCUUUCCAAAUAUCUCUUGAUGAUGGAUUGGAUGCAAUCAUAAUAUGCUUUACUUAUGUUGCUUUCAUUUCUUUCUUUUCCCUUGUUUUUGUAGAAUGUAUGCUGGCUUUAAAUACUUUGAUGGUCAUUUGAAAUGAAGACUUGAAAACACUCCCAAACUCUUGGACAACAGUAUUGAGAUGUGCAUGAUUCCCUGGGGAUUCCUUGGGCAGUUCCACUGGGACUCUCGUGACUUCUUUCAGAUUGAUUUCUGGGUGACAAACUUAAGAGCUUUCGUAAUGUUAUGUAUAGAACUUUGACAGAUGUGCGCUGGCUUGGUCGAAUGUAUGUGUGACGAGUCCUUGGUUUUGCUUGAGAAAGUGAAAGCAAACACCUUUAUUAUGAGUUGUUGAUAUUGAAUGCUGUAUACCCACAGUUCCUUUAUGAGCCUCAAGGAUUCAAGACUUUGUUUCAGCCUACCUCUCACAUUUCUGUUCCAUGACCUCGUUCUUAGCUACACCAAUAGCUGUUUGGGGGGUGUCAGUACUCUUCUUGCUCUAAAAAGAUGGACCUUUUCUCUGUUGUGUCAAGUCAGAGCCUUGUGUAGAGCCUGGAACCUGGAAUGUUGUAGAUCUGUGUGAAAAUUACCGCUAUUCAGUCUACAACGAUGGUUUUACACAAGCUGCUUGUCUAGAACGUGAGCAGAAGCUGAAGUCACUGCGAGAUGUGUUGUUGAUUUUUUUUUUUUUUUGUCUUAAAUGUCUGUUACUGUAUGAGUUGAUAAUAACCUGAACUGCUGCUGUAUCUUGGACUGAGUUUGGGAGAAAUGUUCAUCAGGGGUGAUCAACUAGCACCCACAUGUAUUAAUUAUGGCUGAAAUGAGCAGGCAGGGCACCAUUACAUUGGAGACCUUUGGUGGGUCAUUUUAGUAUUUAAAGUGUUUCCAUUUGUGAAACUCAGGAUCAGAAAGGAUUUCUUUGGAUGCAAGUGGAGUUGGAUCAGUUCCGUAAACGGAUCUUAUCUAAUUUGCUGCUUAAUCUGGCAAAGUGGGAAAUUGUAGUGCACGCAUAAUUGUGCUGGUAUCUGCUCCUGGUGUGUCUACUGUGUUCUUUGAAUGGCUCUUGUUCUUUAAAGGUGUAUACCCUUAACCAAGACAUCCAGCCUUCAUUUUGAGGGUUCAACAUAAUGAUGUAUUGUUUUAUAGACAUGAUCAGUGUAAUUUACUGUUGUCAUUUCACAUUAUGAGACAUUUUCCCCUUCAAAUCUACAUAUAUUUAAUUGAAGUUUUUGCAAUUCCAAAUAGUCCAGCCUACAUUGAAAACAGGCCUGUUCAUGAUUUGAAUUUAGUCAUUUUAAUGACUACAUGUAAGUGAUUCAGUUUUACUUUUUUAAGAAAAAGAUAACUAGAGGUUAAGAUGCAUAUAAAGACAGGCUCUUCUAGACAAUUGACCGAGCUCAAUGGAAUUCUCAAUGGAACUCUCAACAAGGGCAUUGUUAGGCUUGGAGCAACUCCAGAAUUGCCAUCACAGUCUGAACUGUAAUUCAUCGCCUGUUUAAUUUAUGAAAUGUAUAGCGGAUAUUGCCGUAGGCAUAUUGACACAAAUUUCAUACUACACAGCUGACACUCCAAAGGUUUGAAAUUCUUUCGCACUGCCUGCCUGGGAUUUUGUUUUUGUAUUUAUUAAGAUUGCGAGGUUUGAUGUUUUUAAGUAUUUUAUUUAAUCAAGUGCCAUUUAACAGCUGUAUUCCCUGCACUAUGCAACUAACAAGCUAUGUUUGUUGUUGAGUAAAUCAGUGUUAGCAUGA